UUGAUAUAUAGCGCGCGUCAAUUUCGAACAUAAUAAACAAACAAAUUGAAUUUUUUAAUUUUAAUUUUUUAAAAAUCCGAUUUAAUCCACAUGUUCAACGAAUAAAUAGAAAACUUUUAAAUUUACACUUUUACUGCUAAGAGGGGAUAAAGUUCCCAUGAUCCAAAGUUUCAUUUAAAAAUGAUUAAAAUUGCAAGAAAUUCGAUAAUAAUCGUUCAAUCUAUAGACGCUCAUCAUCUGGUUUAUCGGCGAAAAAAAAAAUCCAUACAACGGAUGAAAAUUAACCAAAAAAUUAUCGAUAAAAAAUGUACAGAAAGCAAAACCUGAGUCAUCAAAUCUACAAAUGAUAAAACCAGUUACUUUUCGAAUAUAUUCGAAUUUAUAAUUGGACAUGUGAAAAUGUAAACAUGUAAAUAAUGAUUUUCAAACCAAUAAAAUAUCGAUCGAUUAUGAUAAGAAAACAAACGAAAGCAAACGUUUCGAAAUCGAUAAAUUCUUUGCUGACCAAUAAUAAAUACUACUAUGACAAUAACAGCAGCAACAACAACAACAACAACGUUACGAAUGUUUAUCAAACCAAAGCCUAUAUGUAUGAUCGUUAGAUGAUAAUCGUAUGCUACAUACCACAUGGUGGUAAUCAUGGAGAGAAUAGUAAAAUAUAAUCAAGAAUAGUAAUAAAAAAUUUUCUUGAUGAUUAUCAAUCUCGCGAUAAUCACUGAUGAUAUCUCUGCCUACCGAGAAUUUUUGACUAUAAAUAUUCGGAACAUUUUUCUUCGAUUUGUCAUUAUUAUUCCACAUCUCAACAGCUGAUCAGAAUCUAUUAUUCUCGUGCAAAAAUGACAUUAUCAUUCGUAUUGGCCGUGAAAUUUUUUCUGAUUUAUCUGUUUUCAUCAUAUUUAUGGAGCAGUUUUUCACAAAGUGGAAGCAAUUAUAAUGAUGAAGAUGCUACCAUGAAUGAUGUCGCUGAUUAUGGUGGUGGUGGUGGUGGUGGCGGUCUUAUAAGAUGGCCUUCAUUAUCCGAAAUAAUACCAUCGUCAUUAGAUCAUUAUCAUCAUAAUAAUAAUUCUAUGAACGAUACUUUUGGCGGUUAUUGUACCAAUGAUGAUAAUUUGAUUCCAAUGACAAAUUUGGAAAAAAAUCUUUCUUGUCAUACGGUCAAUAUUGAAGAAAAUGGCGAUGAUGAACGUAUCGUUAAUGGAACACCAGUUGGUAUUGGUCAACGUCUAUAUCAGAUUGCAUUAUUUCGUCGAAAUAAAUUCGUUUGUGGUGGAUCAUUUAUUACUCGACGAUUCAUAUUGACUGCUGCACAUUGUGUACGUGGCUAUAAACCAGAGGAUUUUAAAAUCCGAUAUGCAUCACGUCAAUACGAUUCUGGACCAACGAUGGCCAUUCAUUCCAUUUUCAUACAUCCAGAUUAUAAUGCUGCUUUAGUGCAAAAUGAUAUUGCUCUAUUACGGCUAUCAUAUCCAUUGCCGAAAAUUCCAUUAUUAAUUGGUACAGCUACGCUGAAUGAAGAUGUUAAUAAUGAAUUGGAAUCUAAUCAAAGUGUUAUUGUUAGUGGUUGGGGACGUACUGGUCGAUCAUUGCCAAUUUCAAAACGUUUAUUAAUGGCCACAUUAAAAAUAGUUGAUAAACAACAAUGUAAACAACAAUGGGAAUCAAUGUUCAAUGUUAAUACAGAAUCAAUGAUUUGUGCUGCCGAUAUCGACCGAAGUGCUUGUAAUGGUGAUUCAGGUGGACCAUUAACAACCAUGGAUGAUAAAUUAAUUGGCAUAGUAUCGGUUGGAUCAUCUACAUGUUUAUCAUUGAAACGACCAAAUGUCUAUACAAAUGUAGCCUAUUUUCAUGAUUGGAUUCAAAAAACAAUCAACGAACAUUUCUAAUCGAUUAAAUCGAUAAACAAACAAUUUAUAUUUUAUAUAGAUAAUUUUAAUAUCAAUAAAUGAAAUA